AUAACAUUUGUAUAUUAUCUCUGUAAUAAUAAAAUCAUGUGUUCAAUUUCGUUUAUAGGUGGUUCCGUUGACUUUGUGUUGACAGAUGUUGAAGACACCUGUGUCAAAUACUUUAAUUUUUUGAUGCAAGAUAGAUGUGCAUGGAUCUACGAUGAAACAAAUAAGACAAUCCAGGUAUUCCCGCCAGAAGAUGAUUGCCAGCUAUUCCUUAAAGAUGUGUUCUCUCACUUUAAGAAUCGUUCCAAUAUAGAAAUAGUGAUGGAUUGUGAUCAAACAAUUGUGGAAGAAUUUUUGAAUGGUACCAAAAUAAGAAAAUUAUACAAAUAUUAUGAGAUAGAAACACAAACGAAUAUGUGCUGUGUAACCGCGUUUUCUUCGGUAAGCGAGGAUCUGCGAAUGCUACAACACGAAUGUGAAAGUUUUGUAACAAGACGCAAGGAGCUUGCAAUGUAUUCUGAUGAGGUGAAGAAUGACAUAAUGAUACCAGGAGAAAAGCUGGAGACAUUUUGCUUGGCUUCUAAGCACAGUAUGUGCGUCUCUGCUGGUUACAUAUUUGACUUUGACGGACCUGAUGUUGGAAUCGUUAACCCUGUUGUCGUCAGAAAAUCUGGAGAAAUACAUAGCAAAGGCGUUUUGUUCCACCUGUUCGAGGAAAAAGGAGGUCAAAAAUACAAGGAUUCAUUAAAGGAACAUCGUGCCACAACGUCUUCAUGUAUAGUUACUCGUGGCGGUUCUUUGCAAGCUAAAAUCAUACAUCCUACACGCCCGAUCGAUGACAAAAAAAUGAUGGAAACUAAUAUAUUUAUAAAUAUUUGCGAUUGUCUAUCAGCUGCAUUGUCAAACAAACUUGGGCGAAUUGUAUUUCCGCUAAUGUAUUCAGGACGUGGGGAAGUACCCUUACAAAAGUGUACAUACCAAUACGCAUAUGCGUUAACUGAUUUUUUUCGUAUGUCAUCUAUGAAGUCAUUGGAUCCAUUCGAAAUAUUUUUCGUUGAAAUCGACAAGAAAAAGGCUAAAGAAUUCGUCCAAGAACUCCUGUUGUUUUUGCCCACACGAUCGACAAAAUUGAUGAUUGUUCCACGAUGUAACAGUUCCCUACUUAAAGACAAGCUAGAUAAACAUGUAUUUGACAACACUACAGUCAUAGUGAAAGUUGGAGAUAUUGUCGAAGCUAAUGUUGAUGCAAUUGUUUGUCCUGAAUACAUAACAGCCGGAUAUAAAGGAUAUGUGACAAAUGCUAUUCACUUCGCAUUUAGAAUUAAGUCCGAGAAAGUUAACAAACAAAUUCAUAAAUGGAAAGAAUCCAGUGAUUGGUAUUUGCAUCCAAAGUGUAAGCGCAACGUAAUGGUUUACCACACCGCUGCUGUUGCAUUGGAAUCGGGAUCAUUUAAAAUAAAAGAUGAGUCGGAAAAGGGGCUCCGGAAUUCUAUUGAGCGGGUGUUCGAGAAACUGAAAAAAGACGACACAAUCAAUAGCAUUGCAAUACCUUUAAUUGGCGUCAUUGAUGCCACUGACACGAUGACGGUCAGGCAGGCAUGCAAGGUGUUCAUUCAAUCCGUUCUGUCGUGUUGUUCAGCAAAGACUGGUGGGCCAAUUUUGCAUGUACAGUUGGUGAACCACUGCCAGCAAAUCACUGAUUGGUUGCAGGAGUACAUGCACAUUGAAGUUCUCGCACUGACAAAUUCGUGUUUUGAUUUGCAAAUGUGCCAAUCUGGAUUGUUUUAAGGAUGCUAUAUAUUUUCUAUAUACAGAGGUGUGCAGAACUAAAUAAAAGAGGAGUGCAAUGGGAAUUCUUUCCUCUUUUGUUUAAUGCACCCUUCCUUUAUUUACUGCACCGCUCUUUUUUUAUUGCACUCCUCUUUUAUUUAGUUUUGCACUCCUCCUUUUUCUAUCUCGAGGCCACGACAUAGCUAACUCGUAGCCACGAGUUAGUAAGUCGUGGCCUCGAGAUACAAAGUCGAGGCCACGAGAUAGAACAAAAGAGGAGAGCAAUUUAAAAAGAAGAGUGAAUGUCACCUCUAUGCCACCGUACGAAUGGGGUGAUUUUGCAUUUGCAUUUACACUUCACUAAUAAAGUUCAAAAUUUGGAAAAGGUUCCUCACAGAGCGUACAUGGCUGUCCGGGUGAUACAAUCUGAAACGCAAUGAAUUUUUUUUCUAAUAUUUGGCCUAGUGUACCUCAGAUUACCUAUUCUAAAAAUGAGGCAUGUAUGUUUUCAAGUUAAUAUUCUUACCGAGAUUGAUCAUGAUUUAGUUACAACUGUAACCUCUAGAGUAGUAACAAAUUGCUGUUGUUUUGUAAAGAUUUUUCCCAGUGACCCACAUUCGAACAUGGUCUAUAUAUUGUUAAAAUAACGUUUCUAAUAUAUGCUCAACAGAAUUGAGUAAACAGAAAUCAAAGUUUUUACCAAAAUGUGGCCUCUGGCGUGUUUACAAGGGAAACUUUUUCGAGAACCAUAAUUUUUGUCUAAGAUCCAAACUGGUCACCUAGUUUUGUUAAACACACUUUAUCAUAUUCGAACAAGGAUAUGUUUGAAACCCUAUUUCUUCGCGCUGUCUGGAAGAAUAGCAUUUCCAGACUUUUUAUAAGAGUUUGAUACAAGACUCCAAUUGAAGUUCAUUGAAUAAUUAUUAAAAGAUAUGAGUAUGGAUUUGUGCAUUUUGUGAAUUUAUGUUUUUAUUUUAUACUGUAGCGAUAGAACUCGCCUGGCAAAUUAUCUUUGUUUAAUCAAAAUCACAUCAAACAAUUGGAAAUGAAUUUUGAUUUGAUACGAUUUUCACUUAAUGUAGUUACCAGUUAUAAAUGUUUUCACUGUCAAAGAAAAACAUGUUAUUUCACUGCUGCUAAUUUUGGUAUUCAGUGGCA